CAAAGAAAAGUAAAGAAAGAAAAAACAGGGUAAAGAAAGUAGUGUUUAAUUUAGAAUUUUUACAUGGAAUUGUUACGUGUUGCCCGGUUUCCCAUCAUGUGGACUAUGGAUCCGAUCAUUUCUCUUUUGGGUUUGGGUACUGGGUACAGAUCAUUUGUUCGUCGCAGAAAGAUGAAGAGCCAAAGCAGUUAUGCACCUCCGUCUUAUAUUCCCUUGGGCCAAUCAGAUUCGGGAUCACCCGUUGUUUUACGCAAUGAAGACCCUCCCAAGCAGCAAAAUAAUGUCGAUGGGCCGAUACAAUGGUCUUCUGGAAUUUGCGCAUGUUGUGAUGAUACGCAGAGCUGUACGCUACUUUCUGCCUUCUGACCUUGAUUUAUCACAAGGUUGUAUAGGUUUAUUUUGUCCUUGCUAUCUGUUCGGAAAGAAUGCAGAGUUUCUGGGCUCUGGGACAUUAAUGGGCUCCUGCACGACUCAUUUUAUUCUGUGGGUACUUGUUAAUACCGUCUGCUGCUUAUUAACUGAUGGCCUUAUUUUUGGUAUACCGGGAUGCUUUGUUGCAUGUUAUGCUUGUGGCUACCGCAGGGCACUAAGAUCAAAAUAUAAUCUCCAGGAAGCACCAUGUGGAGACUUUAUUACUCAUUUUUUCUGCCAUCUGUGCGCAAUUUGUCAAGAGUACAGGGAGAUCCGUGAAAAGUCUGCUGAAUCUGGCCCUGGUGAUCUGAAUCUAGCCAUAGUUACAGCCCCAGCAGUCCAGACAAUGGAACCAGGGCUUGACAAGUAAAGUCAGUACUAGUACCCCUGCAGGUGCAGGAUCUGCAUCUGCUUUUGGUUAUACAAUGCUGUUCACACCCUUUAAUGGAGAUUGUUAGUGAAUCCCUGAAAACUAUAAUACUAUUAAUCUUUUAAACUUUGUUGUGUAUGAGGGUAGCUCUUAGCAGUAUCA